AAAAAAAGAAAAGAAAAGAAAAAGAAGUAAACUGGAUUCAUGAGAUUCAAGGCAAAGAGGGAAAAUAAUAAUAAAUCAAUAGAUUGGCGCUCCUUUACUAUUUUCCAAGUCCUUGUUCCAUCGGAUUCUUUUCAAAUCGAAAAGAGGAGUACAACCCUAGCAAAUCCUCACACAAGUUCCGCGAACCCGUCUCCGAGAUCUACAGAAUCUUCGACUCCAAUGGCGACAAGAAGACGUACAUUGCUCAAGGUCAUUGUCCUCGGGGAUAGCGGGGUUGGUAAGACUUCCUUGAUGAAUCAAUAUGUGCAUAACAAGUUUAGUCUGCAGUACAAAGCGACUAUUGGUGCUGAUUUCGUAACCAAGGAGCUUCAGAUUGGAGACAAGCUCGUUACUCUACAGAUUUGGGAUACUGCUGGACAAGAGAGGUUCCAGAGUCUCGGUGCUGCCUUCUACAGAGGCGCUGACUGUUGUGCCCUUGUUUAUGAUCUCAACGUUGCCAAGUCAUUUGACUCCCUCGACAACUGGCACGAGGAGUUUCUUAAACAGGCUAAUCCAUCGGAUCCAAAGACAUUUCCGUUUAUAGUGCUUGGAAACAAGGUUGACAUAGAUGGAGGGCGCAGUAGAGUGGUGUCGGAGAAGAAAGCGGCUGACUGGUGUGCUUCAAAUGGAAACAUACCCUAUUUCGAGACUUCAGCAAAAGAAGACUACAAUGUUGAUGAGGCUUUCCUUACCAUUGCCAAAACCGCUCUUGCCAACGAGCAUGAUCAGGACAUAUACUUCCAAGGCAUACCAGAAGCAGUUAUUGAGAACGAGCCAAGAGGGGGUGGUUGCGCUUGUUGAAGCGUGUAUUUUCAUUUUCAUUUACAUUCUUUUUUUCAUGCAUUUUGCCUACUAUUCAUUGAAGUUUGGUGUACUCUUUUGAGUUGCAGAACGAUAAGCUUGUAGAGGCAAAUUUUUUUGCCGUUCCAUCGUAUAUUUAAUUGAUUGGAGGAACCGUUAUUGCUCUUUAAUCAUUUUGCA